AUGGCCCCGCCCGUCUCCGUCCCGAUGAUAAUGGACCGCACCUCGCAGGAACUAUCUUCUUCACCACCUAGAAUACACGAGAAGCUGCGUGUUGCCGUGCUUGUUUCAAAGGCUGCACUUCAGUUCAUCCACAGCAUUGCUCCGCCGAGUGAGUACAAGGUGCCUGCCGAUGUCAAGGCAGCUGGUUUCGGCAUCUGCGCUGAGGAGCUGAGCUCUAUUGUCGAGGGCCAUGAUGUGAAGAAGCUGAAAUCUCAUGGUGGCGCCCAGGGCCUCGCGCCCAAGCUAUCCACUUCGAGUCUCGACGGCCUCGCCACCGCGCGCUUUGUCUCACUCAUUGUCGGCAUCGCCACGGAGGGAUGGCCCAAGGGCGCGCACGACGGGCUCGGCAUUGUGGCCAGCAUCCUGCUGGUCGUGUUCGUCACAGCAUCAAGCGACUACCGCCAGUCCCUGCAGUUCAAGGACCUCGACAAAGAGAAGAAGAAGAUCACGGUGCAAGUCACCCGGAGCGGGUACAGGCAGAAGCUCUCAAUAUAUGAACUUCUCGCCGGCGACAUCGUUCACCUCUCCAUUGGUGAUCAGGUGCCUGCUGACGGGCUGUUCAUGUCAGGCUUCUCGCUUCUGAUCAACGAGUCGAGCUUGACCGGAGAGAGCGAGCCAGUUGCCGUCAAUGCUGAGAACCCAUUCCUUCUGUCAGGGACGAAGGUGCAGGACGGUUCUUGCAAGAUGCUCGUCACGACAAUCGGCAUGAGGACUCAGUGGGGGAAGCUGAUGGCCACUCUCAGCGAAGGUGGUGAUGAUGAGACGCCAUUGCAGGUCAAGUUGAACGGUGUGGCCACCAUCAUCGGUAAGAUAGGACUUAUCUUUGCUGUCAUCACAUUCGCGGUGCUCACCGAAAGCCUGUUCCGCGCAAGAUCAUUGAUGGCACAUACUUGA